CGGCGCAGUACAGAGGACUUGGGAAGUGGGGUUUGAGUAAACCCCCUGGUGACAACUAUUAAAGAGAAAGAAAAUAAAAGCAGCGGAUGAAAGAUAUCUCAGAAAAGAACCGAGAUAUUCAGCAGCAUCUAUAGAGAGAGACCCAGAGUUAAUAUUUGAGCACAAUGAAGUAUUUGUUUCUGAAAAUCAAAACAGCUACAAAUGCUGGAAUUUUGAUGCAAGGGCAAGGGUGAUGGAAAUACUCAGCAAGUCGAGCAGCAUUACUGGAAAGUGAAUUUGACUGAAGGUUUCAGAUUUGUCAGAAAUGCCCGAAGCUUGUAUUUCCUCAAUACUGCCAGAUCUGCUAAAGUGUUUUCAGUAUUUUCAGAGUCUGUUUUUUUCGACAUUAAUCGGAUAUUUAUAGGAACAAGAAAGCUAUCCACGGAAAAAAAAAUUUCAGGACAAUAGAAAUUGAGCUUAACGUUGCACAGCAUCAAUUGUGUGGAAAAGAUUCUCAGAGUUCAAGCUAACAGACUACAAUUCCCAGCAUUCAUGCGGAUCGUCUGUCAUGACAUAAACUUGUGCGCCGACUCGAGACUGGCUCGGAGCAGCAGUGUAAGCAUGGCAACAGUGGAGGGGGUGAAAAAGCCCGUGUUAGAAGUGGUACAGGCAGAAGGCUGUGAUGACUCGAGUGUCACCUUCAUAUUGCAUGAUGAGGACCACACUCUUGGGAAUUCCUUACGAUAUAUGAUUAUGAAGAACCCAGAGGUAGAAUUUUGUGGCUACAGCAUCACUCAUCCAUCAGAAAGCAAAAUUAACUUUAGAAUUCAAACAAGAGGGGGAAUUCCAUCUAUAGAGCCUUUUCGUAGAGGUCUCAAUGAACUAAUGACUGUAUGUCAACAUGUACUAAAUACAUUUGAGGACAGUAUAAAGGAAUACAAAGAGCAGCAUAAACAAGAAGCAAUGGAUCAAUUUUGAUACAACAUAAUACUGUACAUUAUAUAUUUUGAAAAAUAAACAUAAAAAAUGAGAUAUUUUGCUUGCAUAAUAUGACGCUUAUUGAAUCUCUGCGACGUCACUUGGAUGGAACAAAACCUCUGAAUUAAGUGAGUAAGUAUUUAGUUUAGCUCAGCACUAAUUUUGCAGUUGCAGCUGCGCAGGUAUCGUUGAUGAAGAGUGUAUCCCAUCCUUUUUAUUUCUGCUUGAGCUUUACCGUUUCAUUGAUGCAAUAUGUUUCUGUUAGCCAUCAGCUGCUACUUGACCAGUGUAUAAUGUACACAGGUUAAAGAAAGGACAUGAAUGUUAUGUAUAUAGUUUUACCCAGUAAAGCCACUAAUGGUUAAUGAAUGAAACAUCUCUGAAAAUUGAAGGCUGGCAAGGAAAAUCUCAUAAAUAAAUCUCUGAAAUGAAACUAGUUAUCAGGCCUUAAGAUCAAAACAAUAUUUGGGAUAUUAAAAUGCUUUCCCUUGGUGUUUUGUGCAUUAUUAUGCAGAGUGCAGAAUUAAAUCUGUAUUAUCCAAACUCUUUCCACAUUGCCAUAAGGGUAUUUAAGUUAAUGAGGGUGAAAUUGAACAAAUUAACAAAUUAUUUAAUUAAUUUUAUUGCUUACAAAGUAUCUUUUCUCUUUUGGCUGUUCCUGG